AAAGUGUGGUCUGUGCUGGAGUUGGUGCAAAGAUUUGGGGGGAGGUUCAUCAAAACCUGUGCAGAGGAAGAGUUGCCCAUAGCAACCAGGUUUUUGUUUUUGAGGCAGUUUCAAAAAUGAAACUAUCUAGUUAUGGGCAGCUACAAUUCUAAGUCAAAUCCUAAGGAGUGAUAAAAAUAACAUAAAUGAUGUGGAAGGGAACUGCUCCACCUGUGCAGAGUGGAGCAGUUGCCCAUAGCAACCAGACUGCUGCUUUUACUUUUCAGGGGCCUUAUUAAGAUAAAUGUAAGCAGUCUAUGGGCAACGGUGCCACUUUUAGGGUCUAUUCACACGUAUAGUAUUCUGCGCAGGAUUUCAAGCUGUGUUCAGUCAUUCAGUUUACGUUGAAAUCUGCAGCAGAAAAUCCUGCGCAUCAAAUCUGCGCACAAUACUGUACGUGUGAAUAGACCAUUAAUCUGCAAAGGUUUCAAUAUUCUCUGUCGCUGUCUAAGGAAAAUGCACCAGAAUUCAGUCUCUUCUGUAUUGUUUCUGAGAAAGUUAAAACACUGAGCUUAACUGGAACAAAGUAGGGCUCAAAACUUCGUGCCACACCCUCAAUCUGUCACUGGAAAGCCUCAUAAGUAUAAAUGCUUUGUGUGAAGGUGUGAGAACUUGUAUGGGUGUUGCAUAACUGUACUAAUUCUGAGUGUAAAUCCAUAGUUUACGGAUAAAAGAACAUUAUUGAAUCACCGUCAAUAAGCUGUGAUUGUCCAGAAUAGAACCAUGUUGUACCCUAGAUCUUGGCGGUUCUGCUUGGCAGCAUUGGUAUUCGUACUUCUUCAUGACCUGGUAUCUGCACAAUUUCCUCGCCAAUGUGCCACUGAAGAGGCGUUACUUAGUGGCGAGUGCUGCCCUAGUCUAUUUCCUCAACUGUCUCCAGAUGCAAGUGAUCAGUGUGGCUUUACUGUAGGUCGUGGGCUGUGCGGACCUAUAACUGUGGACUCCAGGCCUCAUGGACCCCAGUAUCAGCUUGAUGGAACAGAUGACCGAGAACAAUGGCCAAUUCGCUUCUUUAAUAGGACAUGUAUAUGUAAUGGUCGAUUCUACGGUCACAACUGUGGCAGCUGCAGACCUGGAUGGACAGGGGAUAACUGUGACCAAUCACUUGUAGUAGUAAGGAGAAAUGUCUUGGACUUGCGUGCUGAAGAGAGACAACGUUUUAUUAACGCACUUGAUCUUGCCAAAAACACUGUGCACCCAGACUUCGUCAUUGCAACCCGUCAUUACAAUGAGCUUAUAGACCAAGAAAGGAAUACCACUAACUUUGAAAACAUUUCAAUCUUUGACUUCUUUGUUUGGACCCACUUUUACAGUGUUAGCAAAACUUUCCUAGGCUCAGGCCAGGGUAGUGUUGGCGACAUAGACUUCUCUCAUGAGGGCCCUGCUUUUCUUACCUGGCACAGAUACCACUUGAUUCAACUGGAAAGGGACAUGCAGAACCUUUUGCAGGAUCCCACAUUUGCACUUCCUUACUGGAACUUUGCUAUUGGUGGAAAUGAAUGUGACAUUUGUACAGAUGACCUUAUGGGUGCGAGAAGCAAUUUUGAUCAAAAUCUCUUAAGUCCUAACUCUGUGUUCUCCCGUUGGCGUGUUGUAUGUGAAUCUGUGGAAGAUUAUGAAAGCCUAGGGACUAUCUGUAACAAUACAGCAGGUGGUUCAAUCAGGAGAAAUCCUGCUGGAAAUACUGCCCGUCCAAUGGUACAGAGGCUUCCUGAGCCAGAAGAUGUGCUUCUCUGCUUAGAAGUAAACUUGUUUGACACUCCCCCAUUCUUUUCAACCUCUUCAGAAAGCUUUCGGAAUACCAUUGAAGGUUACAGUGAACCUUCUGGGCAAUAUAAUCCCACAGUAAGAAGUCUUCACAAUCUAGCUCAUCUGUUUCUCAAUGGUACUGGGGGACAAACUCACUUGUCUCCAAAUGAUCCAAUCUUCGUGCUUCUUCAUACCUUUACUGAUGCAGUUUUUGAUGAAUGGCUGAGGAGGCAUAAUACAGAUACCAAUCAGUAUCCUCUGGAAAAUGCACCAAUUGGUCAUAACAGACAGUACAACAUGGUACCCUUCUGGCCACCAGUGACCAAUAAUGAAAUGUUUGUCUUGGCUCCAGAUAACCUGGGAUACUCAUAUGAUGUCCAGUGGCCUGGUCGUGCAUUAGGUAGUACAGAGAUCAUCACCAUAGCGGUUGUAGCAGCUUUGGUUCUAGUGGCUAUAAUUUUUGCAGGUGCCACAUGUGCCGUUCAACACAGAAGCAGAAAGAGUGAGGUUCUUCAGCCGCUCCUUGGUGAAGCCUAUCCACGUUAUGCUGAAGAUAAGGAAAAUACACAAGCUGUGUGAAAUGUCUAGAAUAUUUCUUCCAGCUUUUAAAGUGCUUGAGUAAUUGUACUGGAUUCUAGUGCUGGGUAGUAAUGUAAAAGUGUUCGGGUAAUGUGAGAGUGUGUGUAUAUAUAAAGUCUUAAUUUCAAAUUGUUGCCAAGAAUACUCAAAGAUGGAUCUGAAUUCACCUAAAUUCUGUACUGUUAGUGUGAUCAUAAAGCCUUAAUGUGAAAUAACAGAUUUCUGCAUCACUGAAACUGUAUAAACCUAUUAUCUGGCUGGCAGUUGUAAAAUUCCUAUGAGUGGAUAUUAUGAGAUGGCCAAAUACAAACUGACCAUGAAUAAAAAAUGUAAAGGAAAUUUAUAUUGUGAACAUUAA